UUUCUUUUCUUCUGUUUUUUUUUUUUCAAGUGUGUAUACACACACAUAUACACACCACAUAUAUAUAUAUAUAUAUAUAUAGAUAUAAAACUCGCGCCACCAAAACCCACACCCAACCAACCCCCCGGAGGGCCCUUUCCGCCAAGGUAUUGGAGUCAAGCCUCCGACCUUCUGCUCCUCGGUCCCGUUCUUGGCGGGAGCCGCCUAUUCUCGCUCUGUUGGCGGUGAAGUGCAUGCACCCUUCCUGUUGUUUUGUGCGAGUUUGGUGUUUACUGGAGUUUGUCCAAUGCUUGUUUCUCUCAGGCCAGGCCCCCUCACCCCCAACGAAGUCGGAUUGCUGCGCGUUCCCAUUGAUCACUCGGCAUUUGAUUGUGCCGAUACGCCGUUUCUUACUGGACACGUCAUAGGGUUCUAUGCGUACUUUCCAUUUCGUUUAUCCAUGAUGACUGCAUCUCAUCUAUUGUCAGAUUCUCAUCACCUCUCCAACCCUGUAUUAUCUGCUAUGACGAAUUGCUACCACUGAUUGAGUCGGCAUUGGCUUCGUCUUGUUCCUUUAGGUUUUCGUGCUUAACUUGUUUUCUCUUAGCGUCCGCAAGGCUCGGUCUAGACCUUGCCCUUUCACUCUAUAACGCAGCGCUUUUACAAAAAUUCAUCAUGAAUGAAUGUGCUCCGGCUCUGCAAUCCCCGAGGCUUUUUUUUUUCUCCUUUUCCUGUUAUUACCUUGCUACUACUUGUUUUAUUUCUAAUACAUUGUUUUGAUGGUGCUUACUGUUUUUCCACAUUGCUUCCUUUACCUGAAAUGCUCCAGUUGCAAUUGUUCUGCUGCUAAUCUUAAAAUAUUCAAUUACCUGUGACAGGAACUUAUUUCCCUGUUAGAUUCAGUGCAUUGUGCAGCUCUUACUGCUUUUGUGUAUGGAUAAUUAAGGAUGCCGCUCUACAAAAGAAAGCCCUUCUCCCUGGUAGAAACGCCUAUACAGUCGGAGCCCACAGGACUAGUAUGCCAAGUUCUGCAAUCUUCUGGUGUUGAACUGUAUGGAAAAAAAGAAGAUGGUGUGUUUCCAUGCAGAAUUAUGAAGACACGGAAUCUGCCACCCAGCAAUUUGGUUCUCAUAAUAGAGACUCACUCAACUCUACUGUGGUUGCUUAUAAAGGAUGAUGGUGAAUAUUCUUCAUACGUACAGGGAAAGAGGCGUAAGUCAAAGGGUCAUUAUGGUCCUAUAGAAGCUCAUGCAAAAUUAGAAAUUCUCCGGAUGCUGGUGAAUCAUGCCCUUGAGACUGAUCUUGUUAGAGAGCUGUUGGAUGAGUAUAUAGAACAAUGGCAUGAACUUGCAGCCACAAGAAGAGGGGAAGCCCUGCAAGAAGCCAAGAAAGAAAGAGAAGUGAAGGCCCAAUCUGACUCCGACACAGCUAUUAAUGAGAAUAGCCUCAAUGAUGUAGACAAAGGCGGAUUGGAUAAUUAUGAUGUGAAGCAAAGCAGCGAAAUAGCAUUGAAGAAAAACAAUCAUGUGUCAAAGAAAAGUGUGAGCAACCGUGCCAAUAGUGCUUCCAAGAAUAAUGCCAGGUUGCAGAAGGGGGAUGCUGCAGUUAGGGGUAGCAGCAUUCAGCAUUCCCACAAUAAGGGAUCGCAUCAAAUGGUGUUGAAACAGGGCACUAAUGAAAGAAAAGUUUCCAUUAGAAGUAAAGAACAGAGGAAACAACAUUACGAGAGGGUGAUGGAGAAACGCUUAUACAUACCAAUCCUUUGGGGAGAGACAGACACCACAACAGCUAUUGGUGGUUUCGGCGUGAUGGAAGGAUAUUUGUUGAGAGUUCAGAUCACAAGCUGUGGGGAUAUUACAAUACAAAGGAAGAGCUUGAUUUGCUGAUCCACUCAUUGAACUGCAAGUGUGAAAGAGAGAAGGCUCUUCAUAGUCAGCUUGAGAAAUAUAACACCAGAAUAUGUUCAAUAUUUCUCAUGUCCCAUAUGCUGGACUGGAGUUCUGCAAUAAGAGAGAAAAAAGAAAGGGCUAGGAAAGGAGAAGCUAAAUCCAGAGUAUUGCCACCAACUUCAUUGGCAAGGUAAGAAAAGCCUCAAUGGUCUCUGCCGAAACAUGGCCUUCUCCGAUGGAAUGGUGUAAAAAGCAUCAUAAAUAUCAAUCGUUACCAACUGAUAUGUAAGGAACGACAUCGAUCAACAAACACAGAACCCAUCAGUCAGAUGGACUAGACAGAGUUCAUUCACAAGAACAAAAAGUUUAGUUUGAAACGAUAAGCUCAAGAACGGAGGAAGACAGGUUUGUCCCUUUCAUUAUUAAAGAAACCGUGCUGGGAAAGGAGCAUCUCCCCCUCCGCUGGACUUGAGAGUGGACCCCCGGCCCCCACCUACCAAUUGGGGUCCCCAGUGGAUGGAGAUCAUCGGAGGUGUUUGACACUCUGAUGACUCGGGGCAGUCGCCAGCGGGCUCCUCAGGCUAUGAGGGGCAAGUCCCCAAACGACAAUCUGUUUUUCGGCUUUUUCUAUAUCUUAUUCAUUUUUUAAUUUCAAUUUUUUCAGAUUUUUUCUCUUCUCAAAAAUUUCGAAGAUUAUAAUAAUAAUAAAUCAUUUUUGGA